AUGACUUCUGCAAUUGAAAGCUCAAAUUACGCUAUGGAUGGAACAGGUGUUAUCCAGCUGGAUCCUUGGCUGGAACCCCAUCGCGAUGUCUUGAAGCACAGAUUCCAGGUCGUCGAGACAUGGGCCAAAACUAUCAAUGAGACCGAGGGUGGCCUGGACAAGUUCAGCAAGGGCUACGAAACGUUCGGUCUGCAUGCGCAACCUAAUGGAGAGAUCAAAUACAAGGAAUGGGCACCCAAUGCCAAGGAGGCCUCUCUGGUUGGCGAUUUCAACAACUGGGACCCCAAUGCCAACCCCAUGACGAGGGACAGCUUCGGUAUCUGGGACGUUACCGUUCCAGCUAAAGAUGGCGCUCCCGCGAUUCCCCAUGACAGCAAGAUCAAGAUCAGUAUGGUCCUCCCCAGUGGAGAACGCAUCUACCGAAUCCCCGCUUGGAUCAAGCGUGUUGUCCAAGACCUGAAUGUAUCACCUGCAUAUGACGCCGUCUUCUGGAACCCGCCCGCGAACGAGCAAUACAAGUUCCAGCACCCACGACCCAAGAAACCUGCAAGCCUGCGAAUCUAUGAAGCACACGUCGGCAUCUCGUCCCCAGAGACCAAAGUCGCUACCUAUAAGGAGUUCACCAAGAACAUGUUGCCCCGUAUCAAGUAUCUGGGAUACAAUGCCAUCCAGCUGAUGGCCAUCAUGGAGCAUGCCUACUAUGCCAGUUUCGGCUACCAGAUCAAUAACUUCUUCGCAGCGAGCAGUCGCUAUGGAAACCCCGAAGAUCUAAAGGAGCUCGUUGAUACCGCUCACAGCAUGGGUCUGAUUGUUCUUCUUGACGUUGUUCACAGCCAUGCGUCCAAGAACGUCAUCGACGGAAUCAACGAGUUUGAUGGCACUGAUCACCUCUACUUCCACGGAGGUGCCAAGGGUCGUCACGAGCUGUGGGACAGCCGUCUGUUCAACUACGGUAAUCACGAGGUCCUGCGUUUCCUGCUGAGUAACCUUCGCUUCUGGAUGGAGGAGUACGGAUUCGACGGAUACCGUUUCGAUGGUGUCACCAGCAUGCUCUACACACACCACGGCAUUGGAACAGGCUUCUCUGGUGGCUACCACGAGUACUUUGGCCCGGCCGUCGACGAGGAGGGUGUCACAUACCUCACUCUCGCAAACGAGAUGCUGCACGAGCUCUACCCUGAAUGUAUUACAGUGGCCGAAGAUGUCUCCGGCAUGCCGGCCCUGUGUCUCCCCCACAAGCUGGGCGGUGUCGGCUUCGACUACCGUCUUGCCAUGGCAAUCCCCGACAUGUACAUUAAGCUCCUGAAGGAGUCCUCAGAUGACGAAUGGGACAUCGGCAACCUCUCCUUCACUCUAACCAACCGCCGCCACGGCGAGAAGACCAUCGCCUACGCCGAAAGCCACGACCAAGCACUCGUCGGCGACAAAUCCCUAAUGAUGUGGCUCUGCGACAAAGAAAUGUACACCCACAUGUCCACCCUAACAGAAUUCACACCCGUUAUCGAACGCGGCAUGGCCUUACACAAAAUGAUCCGCCUCAUAACCCACGGACUAGGCGGCGAGGGCUACCUAAACUUUGAAGGCAAUGAAUUCGGACACCCAGAAUGGCUGGACUUCCCCCGAGAGGGAAACAACAACUCAUUCUGGUACGCGCGGCGCCAGCUAAACCUAACAGAAGACAACCUGCUCCGCUACAAGUUCCUCAACGAGUUCGACCGCGGCAUGCAGCUCACCGAGCAGAAAUACGGCUGGCUCGCUUCGCCGCAGGCGUAUAUCAGUCUGAAGAACGAGGCUGAUAAGGUUCUUGUCUUUGAGCGCGCGGGUUUGUUGUGGAUUUUCAAUUUCAAUCCUACGCAGAGCUUUACGGAUUAUCGGGUUGGUGUCGAGGUUGCUGGGACUUAUCGGAUAGUGCUUGAUUCUGAUGAUGCUGCUUUUGGCGGGCUUGGGAGGAAUGUCAAGGAGACGCGCUUCUUUACUACUGAUAUGCCUUGGAACGGGCGCGCCAAUUUUGUGCAGGUUUAUCUUCCUACGAGGACUGCUUUGGUCCUCGCUCUGGAGAGCACUCUGUGA